GUCCAGGAACUCCAGAAGGAGUCGCUGGCGAGCAUCCACCUGCUGGCGGGCCAGCACCAGCAGUGGCAGAAGAAGGUGGAUGUGUUUCUGUCGUGUGCCAAGACGUCGCUUCAUCCCAAGCCUGUGCCUGUGGCAGCGAUCCACAACACGGUGCCUGCUCCGAACCAGCACCAGGUGGAUGCGGUGAAGUUGUCGAUUCCAGCACCAGAAAAUGGGCCGACGCCGCCGCAGACGGACGGCGUCGACAACCGCGCUUCCACACGCUCGAAUCGGCCGGCCCUGGCCCUCUCCGCGAGCACCAUUGAGCGGUUUCAGGAUUCCGCCGAGGGCGGCCCACUGCGGAAGCUAGUGGCCGAGAUUCUCGAGGAUCAGGCGAUGAAGUCGCAAGGUUUGGGCAGCAGCAUCUGGGAUCGACUCCGCAAUCUGUCGGUGAAGCUGGUGAACCAUCAGUGGUUCGAGUAUGUGACCGGCCUUAUCAUCCUCCUCAACAUGGUCACCAUUGGGCUGGAAGCGGAGAUGUCAGCAAUG